AUGUUGUUUAGCAUGGAUUUUCAGAGUGCAAUGGAAACCUUCGCAGAAGCUUGGGUCGCCGCCAGCACUGGAGAACAGACACAGGCUCUAGCCCUCACGCGUACCAAGUCCCCGAAGAAGGAGUCUUCGGUGCCGGUUUCUCCAUCGCACGCCGGCCACGAAUCCGAGAUGGCCAGCCCGAAAGCCACGGCCGGGGUCACCAUUUCCUCCGCCAGCAGCAACAGUAGCUGCGCCGAGACCCCGUCCAUCGGCCACCACGCCGGCAAGCUGAUGUCCGCCGAUGGGAACGGACCAGCCGCGCACCACCUUUCAAGCUCGACCUCGAGCAGUUCGGCCAACGGUGCCGCUGGUCUGUCCCUUCCGUCCACCCCGCAGCACGCCGCGGCCAUCAGCGUGUCCCAGUCACUGCUGGCGGCCGCCGCCUCCGCCAACCGUUCCGUCACGCCCCGCAUCAGUGUCGCUACCUCGCUGACGGCCGGGCCCGGUGAGAACGGGGCCAGCAACGGAGCGCGAGAUAGUGUCUCCGGUCGGGACAGUGUGGUGCCGCCGGUCUCCAAUCCCACCAACGGUCCCGCCAGCGUCGAUCGGACCAUCCUCCAGUCACCGGUCGCAGCCGUCGCGGCUGCCGCUGCCGCGAUGCAGGAUCGGAAGCAGGAUUUCGACUUCAGCAAAGUAAACGCGAAAUCUUUGCCCCUGCACUGUGUGGUCGAGUCGGUGAGCUCACUGCAGGCGACGCUCAACUUUGAUGCCCGCAGCCCCUGGAAGCGACGGCCCAACAUCGAAACGGACAGCUACGUCAUCAUUCCUGCGGCGACCCCGUUCUGUGAGAUCGUCACCACGGCCCUGCAGCGGCUCGGUUACUCCACAGAGAUCUCCAACGCCGCCAGAGGCUCGAUAUCGAUCAAGAACUGGAAGUCACUCUCGCUGGACGCCAUCUCGGACAACCCGCUCGUCUCGGUGAGCGACAUCCUCGGCGAGCUGACCUCGGUCGUCACACUCAAGAUCACGAUCCUGCGCAGCAAACCGACCCAGCUGGCCGAAAUCAAGGAUAAACUACUGAAGCUGCUCAUCCUGCAGUCCCACGCCCUGCUCCGGUCGACCGGCUGUCCGCUCGAUGAGAUAACGCUGUCGCAGAUCUGCCGCAGCCCGCUCCAGAACACGUUCCCAUUCAGUCCGGAGAUCACCGAGGAGACGCGGCGCAACUUUGACCAGUGGUGGAGCAACCAGCUGGCACCGCAGCCGAACCCGAUCGCGCACAAGAUCCUGCCGUUCGCCAACCCGCAGUCGGGUGGCGGCGAUCCUCAGCUUCACCACCACCAGCUCGACUUCUCUAGUCACAGCUUCUCGGGUCUGCAUGCGGCGGCCAAGCAGCGGGAUACGCUGCUGGGGACUACCGGUGCUGGGGCCGACGGUGCGGCCCCGCACCAUCACCACCAGCACCACCAUGCCAGCCCGCACCACAACCUGGUGGUGCAUCCGGCGCUCCAGACCGUCCACUCGCAGUACCCGAACCAGAAGACGCGCAUGCGGACGAGCUUCGACCCGGAGAUGGAGCUACCGAAACUGCAGCGUUGGUUCGCCGAGAACCCGCACCCAUCGCGCCAGCAGAUCCAGUCGUACGUGGUGCAGCUGAACUCGCUCGAGUCACGCCGUGGCCGGAAGCCACUGGAUGUGAACAACGUGGUGUACUGGUUCAAGAAUGCCCGGGCCGCCCAGAAACGGGCCGAGAUGCGUCAGGGCAUGACGAACGGGUUCGGGACGGCCAACAUGCUCCUGUCACAGGCCGACUACAUGAAGAGCUCCCCGAGUGCCCCUUCCGAGGACAUCGAUGCACUGUCGCAGGACGAGAUGGACGAUGAGCUCGAUCGGCCAAUGUCACCGCAGCUACCACUAUCGCUCACGAUCCACGAACGGAACCAUCCGCUGACACCGUCCGCGGAACAGACCCCGAUCAAGCAGGAGCAUCCGGGCGGGUCCUGCAGCAGUCCACCACCGUCGUCUCCUUCGCCGCACCACCCGGGAAGCACCUUGUCGGCGGGUCCCGACGGCGUACCGAUCGCCACGACGACGUCCACCAGCAACAACAACAACAACACCAGUAGCAACAACAACAACAGCACCGAUGGAAGUGGAUUGGGCAACAACGGGAACAACGAGCAGGCGGCCGAGUCGGGGAUGGGCGAGGGACCCAAGUCGAACUACUCGGGCGGGGAGCGCAGCAACUCGCCCCAGCGCUCGUCCCGUUCGCCCGCCUCCGAGGACCUCGAUAUGGACGAGCCGGACGUGAGCAACCUGGACGACUACCGGUCGCCGUCGCCGGACUCGAAGCGCCAGCUACCCUUUCCGAUGAACAACCCGAUGCUGUCGCACUCGAUCAUGUACAUGUCGCACUACAUCCCGGCGAUGCAGGCCGGUGCGGCCGGUAUGCACCUGAAGAGUGACUUCGGGCCGGGCGGACCGCACGGGGCACUGGGGCAGGGUGGGCUCAACCUGUCGUUCAACAGUGACGAGCGGCGGAAGCGGAACCGCACGUUCAUCGAUCCCGUGACCGAGGUGCCGAAGCUGGAGCAGUGGUUCUCGAUGAACACGCAUCCCUCGCACAACCUGAUCCUGAAGUACACCGAAGAUCUCAAUCGGAUGCCUUACCGACAAAAGUUCCCCCGGUUGGAGAGCAAAAAUGUGCAGUUCUGGUUCAAGAACCGGCGGGCCAAGUGCAAACGCCUGAAGAUGUCGCUGUACGACCCGGCGCAGCUAGCCAACUUGAGCGAACCGGGCGGCCACCUGGCGGCGCACCUGCACGACGGGCCGCACCUGGCGAGCCUGCACGAAGCCGCCUCCCAGGCGCUCCACCCGGCCUUCCAUCAUGGCGCCGACCGGGACUAG